AUGUCACUUCCCCAAGCAGGGGUUGGAGGGAGUCGGUGCUGCAUGUCCCUCCUCUAGGCAGAAACAAAUUAACAGGGUGGGGUUCCUGCAUUUCCCUUCCUUAGGCAAGGGCUGGCGGGGCAUGUCCCUCCCCCUUGUUCAGAAAGCAGUUGCUGUUAGUGGAGGUGGGGGUUUGCAUGUCCCUCCCCCCUCAUCAAUCCAGGAGGAGUCAGAGUGGCUGUGGUGGUCCGGGAAACAGCUGCAUAUCCAGGAUCGCCCUCUCCCUGAAAAGUGUGGUAUUCUUGCAUCGACUGAGUCCAUAGGAAAGUGUUUGCCAGGAGCUGUUACUCUGCAGAAAUGCUGUGUGUGCAGAUCCAACUCCUGGUUUGUUCCAUGCUGCUAGUUUGCUGCAGUUUGGCUGAAGACGAUGCAGCUUUGAGUCAAGACCAAGUGCCCUACUUUUUGAACAAAGGGAUGUUUAUCAUCCAAAGUGAACAUCUCAACCUGUGCAUUAAAGCAGAUGCAUUUAGACUUGUUCUUGAAGACUGCAAUCAACUUUCCAAAUAUAUGUUGUGGAAAUGGGUAUCGAAACGUCAUCUUUUCAACAUAGGCAGAAGCACUUGUCUAGGACUGAACAUCAGUAAUGAAGAGCAACCAUUAAGCCUGUUAGAAUGUGAUUCUGCUCAGCAUUCAUUAUGGUGGAACUGUAAGGGAAAGCUGUUGGUUGGUGCAUCACAAUACAAACUAGCAGCUGAAAAUGGCAAACACGUUGUGGCAAAAAGAAUCACUAAUCACGAGUGGAAGCAGUACAUGUCCUAUGAUGAAGAUCUUUGUGAACGUCCAUUUCAAGAAACAUAUACCCUGCUGGGAAAUUCUCUUGGUCUCCCUUGUAUUUUUCCAUUUAAAUAUAAGAACAAAUGGUACUACGAAUGCACCAGAGAGAGCAGGGAAUUUUACUGGUGUGCCACAACAAGUCAGUAUGAACGAGAUGAAAAAUGGGGCUUUUGCCCAAAUGCUGAGCCUGGUAGUGAUAUUUUUUGGGAGAAGAACCCUGACACCCAAAUUUGCUACCAGUUCAAUCUUUUUUCUAUUCUUUCUUGGAAUGAGGCACGUGUUGCCUGUCAGACACAAGGAGGAGAUUUGCUGAGUAUCACAGACAUGGCAGAACAGAAGUAUAUAAGUGAGAAGUUAAGCACUAAAGAAAUUCUGCUAUGGACAGGGCUAAAUAGACUGGAUGAAUCUUCUGGCUGGCAGUGGUCUGAUGGAGCACCAUUGGCAUUUGUGAACUGGAGAUCAAGUACUUGAUGUUCCUCUUGCACUAUAUUAUUGCAUUGUAAUUGUAUGUUCUCUAUAACUGAAAUUUAUAAGAGUAUUGGCCUUUUUUUGUGUUUUCGUUUGGAGGGCUAUUCAAAAUUCCAGGGACAUAGAUCAGGGUUUCAUGAUGUAUGGAAGUAUCAUCCUACCCGCUGUAACACUGGCUGGUAUCCCUACAACUGCAACUGCUACAAACUUCAUAAAGAGGAAAAGAGCUGGAAUGAGGCUUUACUCUCUUGCAAGACUGAUAAUAGCAAUCUCAUUAGUAUAACUUCCUUGGCAGAUGUGGAGUUAUUUAUUAACCUUCUUGAAGAUGAAAAUGUAACCGAAACAUGGAUUGGCUUGAACAGUAAUAAAACCCCAGUUAUUUUUCAAUGGUCUGAUGGCUUCUCAGUAACCUUCACUAACUGGCACAAACAAGAGCCUAAUAUCUUUCGGAGAACAAGUCAACUUUGUGUUUCAGCACAAGGAUCUGCAGGACACUGGCAAGUUAAAAAUUGUGAGGAUAAAUAUUUUUACAUUUGUAAAAUAGCAGGACAGCUUGAAAAUGACACGUCCAAGGAGGAAUCAGACUGUCCAGGGGGAUGGGAGAGACAUGGUGGAUUUUGUUACAAAAUCGACAAUACCCCUCGAAGUUUUGAACAUGCUUCCAGUGGCUAUUACUGUCCUCCUUCACUUGUAACAGUAACAAACAGAUUUGAACAAGCUUUUAUCAACAGUAUGAUUCGUAGCAUGGUGGAAACUGAUAACACCUAUUUUUGGAUAGCCCUACAAGACCUUAACAAUACAGGAGAAUACUUCUGGCUAACUACAGAGGGGAAGAAUCAGCCUGUGAGUUAUACAAACUGGAACAAGCAUCAGCCAAGCCAUUCUGGAGGGUGUGUUGUUGUUCGCAGAGGGCAGCCUCUUGGUUACUGGGAGGUGAAAAACUGUAAAAGCUUCAAAGCUAUGUCAUUGUGUAAGCAAAAAAUUGAAUCAUAUGAAGAAAACGAGCCUGAUUUUGAAGAACCUUUGGAUGUAUGUUAUCCUGGAUGGGAAUCAGAAUCUAAUCUGCUCAACUGCUAUAAGGUAUUUCACAAUGAGAAAGUCCUGAUGAAAAGAACAUGGGAUGAAGCAGAAGCAUUAUGCCAAGAUCUUGGAGCACAUCUUGCCAGCUUUACCCAUGUGUAUGAAGAGGAUUUUUUGAACACGUUUUUAAACAAAAUGUUUGAUCGGGCUGAAGAAAGACAAUUCUGGAUUGGAUUUAAUAAAAGAAACCCCUUGUCUGGAGGAACAUGGGAGUGGUCUGAUGGAACUCCUGUUGUAUCUGCAUUUUUAGAGAGCAUAUAUGUUGAAGAUGAUUCAAGAAAUUGUGCUGCAUACAAAGUAAAUAGAACAAUCCUGCCAUUGCAUUGCAAUGGGAAGCGUGAAUGGAUAUGCAAAAUACCAAAAGGUGUUAAGCCAAAGAGUCCACAGUGGUACAUAAAUGAACCACCAUGGUCUUAUUAUCAAGGAGCAGAAUACCUCUUUCAUAUUAGUGCCUCAGAGUGGACCAACUUUGAGUUCGUCUGUGGUUGGCUUCGUGGUGAAAUAGUCACAAUACAAUCUUCUAAUGAACAAGAAUUUAUUCACAGUAGAAUAAAACAGCUAUCAAAAAAUGACAUACGCUGGUGGAUUGGAUUGCACUCUGAAGUAUCUAGUGAUGGAUUUCGGUGGAGAGAUGGGUCACCAUUAGUAUAUGAGAACUGGAAUGAAGGAAAAGAAAGAUCUGUGCGCACACAAGGUGAAAGAUGUGGCUUCAUUUCAUCACAGACAGGACUCUGGGGUGAUGAAAACUGUACCAUUUCUCUUCCUUCCAUUUGUAAGCGUAAAAUUGUAUGGAUAAUAGAGAGAGAAAUUCUAAAAGACCAGAACCAGCAAGGAGUAUGUCCCAAAGGAUGGCUGUACUUUGGAUUCAAGUGCUUUUUGAUACAAAUUCCAAAGGAUCCAGACCACCUGACGAACUGGUAUUCUGCCCAAACUUUCUGCAGUGAACAGGAUGGGUCACUAGCUUCUAUUGAAAAUGAAGUAGAACAAGCUUUCAUAACAAUGAAUCUGUUUGGACAGAAGACUAGUGUUUGGAUAGGGCUGCAGAGUGAUGAUUAUGAAAAAUGGGUGAAUGGACAUCCGAAGGUAUAUUCCAAUUGGUCUCCAGUUGAAGUAGUUCAUGGUCAGAGAUAUAACAGUGCUAAUAUUCAAGAACAAGUUCCAUUGUGUACCUUGGUAUCAAAUAACCCUAAUUUUCAUUUUACGGGAAAAUGGUACUUAGAAAGCUGUCAGAAAAAUUAUGGUUUUAUCUGCCAAAAGACUCAAGAUACAUCCAAACAUGCCAUAGAUGCAUCUGAGAUGUAUCCAGUACCAGAUACUUUAGAAUAUGGAAACAGAACAUAUAAACUAAUACAUGGGAAUCUGACUUGGUUUGCUGCUUUAAAAACCUGCAUGGCAAAUGGAACUGAAUUGGUCAGCAUUACGGACCAUUAUCACCAAGCCUUCCUCACUGUCAUUGUAAACAGACUAGGAUACGCCCAAUGGAUUGGACUGUCUACCUCAGAUAAUGGGCUUAACUUUGAGUGGUCAGAUGGUACCAAGUCUUUGUUUACCUUUUGGGGAGACGAGGAGUCACAGUCACUGGGCAGCUGUGUUUAUAUUGAUAUUAAUGGGCAGUGGAAAAGUGCUAACUGUGAAAGACUUCUACAAGGAGCAGUUUGCCAUGUGCCAACUGAAAAGAAACUAAUUGAAUACAGAGGCUUAUGUUCAGAAAAAAAUGUCACCUGGAUAAAAUUUAGAAGCAAUUGCUACAGGUUUUCCACAGUUUUUGAGAGUACAAGUUUUGAUACAGCAUAUGAAUUUUGCAAAAAGCAAGGAUCUAAUCUUUUGACUAUUAAAGAUGAAGAUGAAAAUGCUUUCGUUCUGGAAGAACUGCGCCAUUUUGGUUCUUCUGUCCAAAGGAUUUGGUUGAACAUUCAGUUUGUUGUGGACAAUGACACAGUAACAUGGAUUGAUGGUUCUCCCUUAAAUUAUUCAAACUGGGGCAUCAGGGAGCCUGACUUGGAUCAUCUCAAAGGGAAUUUUUGUGUUGCUUUGAGGUCCACAGAUGGAGUAUGGCAAUUAUCUCCCUGCAGAGAGAAAAAGGGAUUUAUAUGUAAAAUGGAUACAGAUAUCUUUGCCACAGUGCAAACAGUAAAAGCAUCACACAGUGGGAUCAUAGCUCUAGCUGUAAUGGUGACACUGGUGAUGGUGGCUGCUAUGUCUACAUUUCUGUGGUGCCUGUACAAAAAGAACAACAGUCUCUUCAAUAGAGUACGAUGGUUCAGAAAUCCAUGUUAUUCACAAAUGAACUCUGAAUAUCUAGCUGUGGAAGAAAGCAUCCUCAUUUCUGAUCUUGAGAGAAAUAGUGAAAAUUAAUGGUGCAAGAAGGACCAAAAUAAUUGCAUUUAAUACAGAUAAUACAAAGAAACUCUACAGAAUAGUUCAUUUUAUGAACUAGUUACUACCUAGGACCAAAUCACACCUGAGUUUUUUGCAAUGGACAAAAUGAAGAGUGGAAAAAACAUUCAAAGGAGCAAAUAUCUGUCAAAAAGAAGGGGAGUGAAACCUAAGUCCCCUCCCUCUGUUCCUGUGGUAGCUUCUCUGUGUGAAUUCUCUGCAAUAAGUCCUCUGCAGAUUUUUAGGAAGCACAAAUGGGCAGAGAGGGGUUAGAACCCUUGUGAGAGAACCUCGAAUUCUCCAGUUGCUUGAAGAUCCUCAGGGUAGGCCCACAGAUCUCAGGACCUGCAAAACCUCUUCUACUACAUGGGACAAUUCAACAGAAACCCUAUGGCCUGAAGGCAGCAGAGAUUUUUCACUUAGCUUUGUUCCUUCUCUGUAUUUUGUUGUUUUUUGUUGCAUUUUAUUUUACACAGGAGGCAAAAUCUGGCCAUAAUUAACACUAAAUUUUUGCCCUGGUUUCAGGAAUUUAAAACCUAAUCAGAUUACUACAAUAAUCUUUUGCUCAAUACCCAGUUUUGUGCAAAGAGAAUGACACUAGUAUCAUUUUUCAGACAUAGGAAUACCCUAUGUAGAUUUCCAGCAUGUGGAGAAGUAGAGCCAUUCUUGGUUGGUCUGCUUGCCUGUUUUGUUUAGGGGUUUUUUGGUUGGUUGGGCUGGGGUUAGUUUUUUAUUUGGUUUAAUUUUGUUUGUUUGUUUUGCAAAUAUAAAAUUAUGGGGGGGGGGGGAAUUGGGAGUGUCAGAAUUUACCAGUUCAGUCCACCAUUCCUACCUUAUUGUUAAAUUGAAAUACUUAAAACUUGCCAUGAUGUACAGACUUUGACUUCUUCACGUUGUUAGUAUAAUAACAGGAGUUACUCCAAGUUACCUGUUAAAGAUUAAACUUUGAGAUAACACACUUGUUGGGGGGGAGGGGGUUUCUGCAACAAACUAAGCACCUUGCUUUAAUCUUAUUUUUUUAGUCAGUGUCUGUAUGAAGAAACUGAUUAUAAUCAGUUUCACUCAAGCUAUGGUAAGAACUUCCUUUACUUUUCUCUUACAUAAGGAAUUACUGUUACACCACCUAAUUCUCAUAAUUACAGUUAGCACUAGCCCAGGACUAUAAGUGUUGAUUGUGUUUUCUGUGUUGAUUGUGUUUUCUGUUCUUCCUUGUAUUGAACUUCUGUUUCGAUUCCUCUAACUUGCUUUUCCUGGAUCACAGGCAUUUUGUAUUAUUCCUAAUCUGAAAAUUUGGUGAACACAUUUUCAUUCUGAUUCAUACUAAUAUUGAUGAUAUUGGCAAUUUGUUUCACUGUUGUUUCAGCUGGAAAGUUAAAAUAGUGUACAAAAAAAUAAUGCUCUUCUGUAGUUUUUUUCCUCCUUAAUCUUUUUCAUUUUAAAAUUGUGUUUGAGCCAAGUUCACCAUUGACAGAAGCAGGCACAAAACACUGACUGCAAUUAAAUCACACCUAUUUCACCAACCGCGAAUUCAUUCCUUGUCCUUGUGUGGAUUCACCAGAGCUGGUGCAGGGAGGUGUACAUUGCACUUUGCUCUGCCAGCCCAUCCCCUUGAAGGGAAAGAGAGCAGGCGAUAUUCUUCUACCGUGUUGUUUUUAGACUUUCCACUGACUGAAGGCAGACUUAAUUCCUUGGGGGCCUCCAAUGCACAGCAUCCGUGCAUCUCUAACCACCUUGGCCACAUCUCUUUCUUGAGAUGCGCUGUAUUUCAAUGGGACCUCAGCCAGAGGGGAAGCUGUGGUCGCUUUUCACUCCGGUGCUACUUCCCUCUUCCCCCAGCCUCACACUGUUGGAUUUUCCACCUCUAAAGCUCUGCCAGCACAAACCUGGGCUGAAUUUAGCCCUUAGCUGAAUUUUUUUCCUUCCUGGCCAUGACAAUGUUAUAAAUCCAUGUUAAUAAAAUCCACAACACACCCACACACUCACAUACUGACAUAAUGAUUAUGCAGCUACACUCUGCACAUUCAGCAACAAGACUCUCAACCUUCUGCUCCAAAAACACAAGUCUCUUCCUGAGCCACAGUGAAACCUCCAUUAGCUGUUAGUAGUAUGGGGGAUAGUAUAACUAACUUCAUAGGCCAGCCCAUGAAACUUGCGGCCUGAUUCUGACCUCCUUUACAUCACUAUAAAUCAAUAACAGUGAGAUCGUAAUCUAACCAUGAUUACAAACACAUAGGCAGGUCUUACUCUAGCCAGUAGAUGGCAGUGGUAUACAUAAGAGCAGCCAACUCAUUUAAAGUUAACUGGUCUUAGAAGUGAAAUAGAUAGGGUACUACCUAUAAGGAAUUGUACAGGGUCAGCUCUUACUCCUUUUGAAGUUAAUACAAGUGUUGCCACUGAUCUUAGUGGGUGCAAGAUUGAACCCUUAGGAUGAUAUUUGCACAUAUAUCAAUUUAAUUUAUAAUUAGAGUCAGUGGGAGGAUGACAAUUUCAUUUUGUGACAACUUCCAAGGUUUCAGAAUUUGUUUUUGUUCCAAACUGGAAUGAAAACAAAAUCAUUUGAAAAUGUUGAGAAGCAAAAUUGUGUCAGAAUGUCCAUUUGGGAUUGAAAAGGUCAGAUUUUAGAUUCCCGUCUCUCUGGUAUCAAUUGGAACAUCCACCUUCGACCUUAAAAAUUUUGCUGUCAAAAACUAUAUCAAAAUCUUUACACCUCUGUGAAAUGUUUUAGCUUUGAUGAAACAGCAGAUUUUGAUGGUGUUUAGUCAAGUGUUCCAGCAAGCUCUAUUUAUUAUAGCGACAUUUGUUUUAAGAUAUGUACACAUUCCUCUUUCUUUUACUUGUUGACUCUCAGCACAAUAUCUUCUUUAUCAAGGCUUUAUGUGUGAAAUGAAAAAUGCAAAAGCCAUUUUUAUCAUCUACUGUUUGUUUCAAUUCUGUUUCACUAGUGAAAGCAGAUUUUAUCCUUCCUCAGGGCUUAUUCAUAAGGAGCUGAGCCUUGGACAUGCUGAACACCCUCAGUUUCCACUGACUUUAAGCAGAAAUUGACGUCAGUCUAGAUUCAGAUCUUAAAUACUUAAUUAAAAAGAGGGAGAGAGUUAAAAGAUACUCUAGAGUAUUACCUCGCUUUAAAUUAGAGACUCACUUUUGAUACUCUUGGAUUUUUUUCCUGUGUCUUAACUCUUCUGUAACUUCCUGAUGCUUCUGUAAUGGAGUAACUAGUGGUAAUGAUUAAGGAAAAGUAAGCAUUCUAUCAGACUGGAUUGCAUACAAGUGAUCAUGUCUUAUUUCUGUAAUAUCCAUUCUAACAUAUACAUUUCCAAGAAGUAGAAACAAAAAUCCCUCCUUUACUACUACUUUGUAUUUGGGUUAAUAAAGUAUGUUGUUUUUUGUUAGGCAGCUGCUAAUUUUGACAAGCUCUUUAAAAAAAAAUAAA